UUAUUCCAAGUCGCAUCGACCACGUUUCACCUCCAGACUCGCACUUCUCCAUGUUCUAGGUCGCUCCUUCCUCGUGUAUAUAUCUGCUCUGUAUUCUUCCACCCAACCUCCGUCACUCAUUCACACAUCCACUCCGUCAACAUGAUCAUCCGGCUGUCCUCGCUCGCCCUCGGGCUGCUCCCUCUAGCCUCCGCCCUCUCUCCCGCGGACAUCCCAACAGACACUCCCGUGUCGCAACUCAUCAAGGAUGCCAGCGUGAAACUCGCCACUGGAAAUGCGCAGGAUGCGCUCGUCUACUUCGACGUUGCCAUUUCUCGCGAUCCCCAGAACUACCUCACCUUCUUCAGGCGCGGUGCCGCUUACCUUUCACUCGGAAAGGCCGCCCAGGCGCAACAUGACUUCGACAGGGUGCUGGAACUGAAGCCCGGCUUCGAGGGCGCCCUGGUGCAGCGGGCAAAGAUAAGAGCAAGGAAGGCCGACUGGACUGCAGCGCGCAAGGACUACGAGGCAGCAGGCAAGACCGACGACGUCAAGCAGCUGGAGGAAGCCGAGAGCGCUGCUCUACUCGCGCAAGAGGCAGUCGAGAAGGGCGACUGGGAGAACUGCGUCACACAUGCUGGAACGGCCAUCAUGAUCGCCGGCGCAGCCUACGACAUUCGCAAGACAAGAGCCAGGUGUCGCUUUGAAAAGGGCGAGGUCAUCGAGGGCAUUAGUGACCUGCAGCAUCUUCUCCAGAUCAACACCGGCGACGUUGAGCCGCAUCUCCAGAGCUCCGCCAUGGCCUUUUACUCGUUGGGUGAAACCGACAAGGGUAUCAAGCACAUCGCGCAGUGUCUGCAGUCAGACCCCGACUCCAAAGUGUGCAUGAAGCUCAGAAGACGCGAGAAGAACCUCGAGAAAGAUCUGAAGAAGGUCCGCGCGCACUUCGACAAGCGGCAGUUUGCCACUGGGUCGAAACUCCUGAUCGACCGUGGUGAGGAGGAUCCCGGCCUUCUCAAGGAAGUGAAGCAAGACUUCCAAGACUAUGUUGAGAUGGGCUACAUCUACAAGAACUCGCCCCAAGGUCUCUACCAGAGCCUAGUCGAGAUGACCUGCGAAGCCUACAUCGAGAUGAACAGCCUCAAAAAGGGCGCCCCCUACUGCGCCGAAGCCCUCCAACUAAACCCGGACUCCCUCCACGGCCUCCUCCACAAAGCCCAACAACAGCUCGACACGGACCUCUUCGAAGAAGCGGUCCGCACCCUCGACCACGCCAAAGAACACCACGCCAACUCCCAAAAGAUCCAGGAACUCCUCCAAAAAGCACACACCCUCCUCAAACGCUCAAAGACAAAAGACUACUACAAAGUCCUCGGCGUCGCCCGCGACGCAGACGAUCGCGACAUCAAGAAAGCGUACCGCAAACUCUCCAAGGCGUACCAUCCCGAUAAGGCGAGCGCGAAUAACAUGACGCCCGAGGACGCGCAGAAGAAAAUGGCGGCGGUGAACGAGGCGUACGAGGUUCUUAGUGAUGAGGAACUUAAGGCGAGGUUUGAUCGCGGUGAUGAUCCGAAUAGUCAGGAGCAGCAGCAGAAUCCUUUCCAGGGUAAUCCGUUUGGGAACGGCGGAGGUCAGCAGUUCCACUUCCGACAGGGUGGUGGCGGUGGGUUCCCCGGUGGGGGUAACUUCAAGUUCCAGCAGGGGGGUGGCUUCCCUGGUGGGUUUGGCUUUUAGUUUGUUUGGGUUUGCGGCGCAGCGGGGCUUGGGCGUUUGGGUCGCGGGCUUAGAUAGCUGGGUGGGAGGCAUUUCCUGGCGUUUCUUUUUUCUUUUUCUUCUCUCGAUGUGUGUCGGCGUCGUUGCUGAAGCUAUUCCUGAAUCGAAAUUCAAGAUUUUUUCUUAUGCACAUACACACACACCAUGCUCUACCAUCUUGUCUAUUCCCUGGAAGCUAACGCGCGUUCCAACGUUUUCUCAUAAUCUCCGAAUGAUACUCGUAGAUGUAGCGGGCAAAACUCAUGUUUUUACUAAAUUCUGUAUACGUGUACUCCUCGCUCACCGC